UCGCUUUUCGUUGAUGUAUUCAUUGUCCGUCAGGUCAACACACUUCUCUUUUGUGUAUCUGGUAGCUGUCAGGUGGAGCUGUGCCGUAGUGACAUAAGCAUGGGCUUAGGAACCACUCCUUGCUGUCAUUCUGCUCCACCACGAAUUGUAUGAACUUGGACAGAUUACUGAAUCUCUCUGCUCCUUGGUUUUCUGGUGUAAAAUAAUGCUUACUUUCAAAGCCUGUUGACAAUGAAAUGAGAUGUCAAAGUGCCCAGCACACUGUUGGCUUCAUAGUAGGUAUUGUGAAUAACGAACAUGCUCUUCGUUAAGCCAUAUUUGUGACUUCCGAUAUUUCACUAAUACUUUUCAAUCAAGAAAACAGCAUUGCUAACUUGCCUAUCACUUUAAAGUGGUAUUUGAAGGAUUUGUGUGACACAAUUAUGACUUUUUAAUUAGGCACCCUAAAAACCCGAUCAGGCCUAUUGCUUACUUUCUUUGAUUCAUCUGUCUUCUCUGCUGUGAUCACCUUGUUCCUCCUGACAUGGAAGGGUACAUGAUGUCUUUGAGAAUAUAAACCAUCACACAUUCCUGGUUGCUGCAUGCUAGGCACCAUAGAACGGCAUUGGGAAUAUAUAUGUAACCAUAAUAAAGAAAAAACGAAGAUCCUAGGAGACAAAAAUGUUGACCCCAUAUGUGAAGACAGUGAGAACGAGUUUGACUUUUCAGUGAUGUCCUAUAAUAUACUUUCACAAAAUUUAUUGGAAGAUAAUUCACACCUCUAUAGACACUGCCGGCGGCCAGUAUUACACUGGAGUUUUAGGUUUCCCAAUAUUCUGAAAGAAAUUAAAAACUUUGAUGCAGAUGUACUUUGUUUACAAGAAGUUCAAGAAGAUCAUUAUGGAACAGAGAUCAGGCCAAGUUUGGAAUCAUUGGGUUAUCACUGUGAAUACAAGAUUCGGACAGGAAAGAAACCGGAUGGUUGUGCCAUUUGCUUCAAACAUUCCAAAUUUUCACUCUUAUCAGUGAACCCAGUGGAAUUCUACCGCCCUGAUGUUCCUCUGUUGGACAGAGACAAUGUUGGAUUAGUGUUACUCUUGCAGCCCAAAAUUCCAAGUGGUACCUCUCCUGCAAUCUGUGUAGCUAACACACAUCUGUUGUAUAACCCAAGGCGAGGUGAUAUUAAACUGACCCAAUUGGCAAUGCUUCUGGCAGAGAUUUCCAGUGUUGCCCAUCAGAAAGAUGGCAGCUUCUGCCCUAUCGUUAUGUGUGGGGACUUUAAUUCUGUUCCUGGUUCUCCGCUCUAUAGUUUCAUAAAGGAGGGAAAAUUGAAUUACGAAGGACUUGCCAUAGGAAGGGUAUCUGGCCAGGAACAGUCUUCACGGGGACAAAGAAUUUUAUCUAUUCCAAUUUGGCCCCCAAACCUAGGUAUCUCACAGAACUGUGUGUAUGAGGUACAGCAGGUACCAAAAGUCGAAAAUACAGACAGUGAUCUGACACAAACACACCUGGAUAAAACAGAAGUCCUAGCGACAGCUGAAAAGUUAUCUUCACAUUUGCAGCACCAUUUCAGCUUGUCAUCUGUUUAUUCACAUUAUUUUCCUGACACUGGAAUUCCAGAAGUGACCACCUGUCAUUCCCGAAGUGCCAUCACCGUGGAUUAUAUUUUCUAUUCUUCAGAAAAGGAAGAUGUUGCUGGGCAGCCAGGAGCUGAAGUUGCUUUGGUUGGUGGCUUGAAACUUCUAGCUAGACUGUCACUUCUUACAGAACAAGACCUGUGGACUGUUAACGGACUUCCAAAUGAAAAUAAUUCUUCAGAUCAUCUGCCUUUAUUGGCUAAAUUCAGACUUGAGCUCUGACUCUUCUUUGAUUACAUAUAUACUAUUCUUUCCAAUUUAUAUUCUUUUUCAAAGACUGUAAAAGUGUUCUUAGGAGUUUGCAUGUUUAUUUUUGCGCUGUGGAGUUUCUGAAGAGGUUAUGUUAAAUGCUUGGGACAGAUAGCAGAAGAAACAAGUUUACAACGAUUUUCUUUUUUCAUAAUGAAAGAAUAUUUUCAGCUAAAUGCUGUUUGUUGUAAAAGAAUUGUAAAUAUUUUUUAUUCUAAAUUUUAGUAAAAUAGACAGUUAUUUUAAAAUAUAAUGCAUCUUCUUUAGCCCUCUUAGUAAAAUAUUUCAUUUCAUGUUUUUGGCAAGUUUUACGGUGGAUCCCAAGUAUCUUUGAGUUCUUACAAACCACAACUCAUUUCACUCCCAGAAGACCUGAUUUCAUUAUGAGGACCACAAGUUUGUUGAGUCCUAAUUAGUUCAUCUCAGAAAUCACUGGGUCAUUCAAAAGUAUCCAACCAUUUUAGUUUAUUUUUCAGGGGGCUUGAUAAUGCUUUUUAAAAUUGUACAGAUUGUUUAAUUCAUCUUGUUACUAUCCUGGGACAUGUAAUAUAUCUGCAUUUUGCUGGGGACAUGUAGGUCCCGUAACUGGUGGGCUGAGAUACUUUAAACAGUCCACUCUUCCGUCCUGUAACAGCCGACCACUGUAGGAGGCACAGAUCCGGGUUAUGCCUUCAUUUCCCCAGCAGUUAUUUUUCUUUUUUCUAUUCAGUUUCAAGAAGAUUCCUGGGUUAGGGAGAGAUUUUAUUUUGGUUAACCAAUGCUAUAGAAAUGUAUUUUAUUAGGAAACUUGUCUUUGGAACUAAGUGGCAGCUAUCUGAUUAUUUUUGUUUUGCCUCAGACAUUCGGAGAAGCCAGCAAAAAUCUAGCGGGGAGAUACCAACUUGGAGACCUAAUAUUCUUUAGUAAUUUUAACUAUUUUAGUGGUAUUGUUUCUAAAGUGUGUUUUCUUUUAUCAUGAUGCAGCAGUAGAGAUAGUGCUGACAUUUUUGAGGAAGUGGUUAAGAGCAGGUCUAAUAAUUAAUCCUGCAGUUGGCUCUGGGUGAGUGUUUAAAUCAAAAUUUUUAAACCAGAAAAAGUGAAAAUUUUCUUUUUAGACAUUGUGAUCAAAGAAUUAUGUGCAUUUUUAACUAAGUAAUCUUAUAUUGAAUUAUACUGAAUUAUAAAAGUUUUUACAGUGGGUUUUCUUAAUAGAAUGCUUCAUUUUAAAUUAGAAAGCAGUAGUUGCUUUAUAGUCUUGGACUUUAAAACUUUUUCUACUUAAGUACUUACUGCCAUUAUUUUUAAAAAAUAAAAUUGAUGAAUACCCCCAAAAAGGCAUGUGGGUUAUAAGGAUUUGCCUAGUAAAAAUUGUAAUAAGAAAAUACUUUUAAAUGUUUAAUUUCUCACUUGGGUUUUUUUUUAUUUAUGGCAUUAACUAUAGUUCUAGGAUUUUCCACAUUUUUUAGUCACAGUUUUCAGAAUAUUAUGAUCUGUUCUAAUUAGCAGAUAUUAUUAUCAUCAAAUAAUAACAUAGUAUAAUUAUCCCCUUCUAGUAUUGAGGAAAGAAAAAUGAAAAUUGAUUACUGCUUUCUGUAGUGUGAAUUUAUUAACAGAUAACUUUAUAUAUAAGUCAUUAAUGACAAACUAAUAUCCCUGAAAACCUCUGUGGAAAUUUAAUUUUUUAUAUCCUGAUUAAUAUAUUGUCAUUUUAGGCCCUUUUCAUGUACUUCACUUUAACAAAGUUAAUCUAGAAAAUUGCUUUCUAUUUUAUCUUAUAGAAUGAAGUAUUAGUUUGUGGGCUGGAGGCCAAACGGUCAGUAUAACUUUUUCACAAGUUUUUAAAGCUCCACUAAAAUUAAUUAUCCACUUGUCUUUAUUUUAUUUAUUUUUUUGGUCAGAAGAGUUGGUAGCUCUGUUGGAGCCUAGUGUUUACCUGCCAAAAGCAAUUAAAUCUGUCUAAUUGCUGAAACCAAGUCUCCCACAACCUCAAGUGCUAUACUAUCCAAGUUUUAAAUGGAAAGGGAUAUUGUGGAAUAAUGAAAUUUGGUUUAACUAUUCCUUUUGAUAUAAAGAUAAUAUGCAUGUCUGAAAUCUUGUCCUUUUUUUAAGCGACUGUCUCCAUUUAACCCUUUGCAUUCCUAAAAAACUAAGUUAGAAUCCAGAGAGUUUAAGGGAUUGGGGAAGCAGACGUCAAGUUAUUUGCACUUUGUACCUGUAAAUUACCUAAUAAAUUAUACUAGCACGUCUGUGCCUGGGGGUUUCUGGUAGGUGUACUGAACUGUGUAAGCUGGCUUGUUGCCUCUUCUAAACUAUUUCAUUACCCUUUCAGCCUUUAUUACUUAGGCUGAUACUAAAAUAUAAGUAAAUUAAGAAGUGCCAAAACAGAGUGAUGUUUAAUGUAGAGUCUGAAUAUUGUGGAAGACAGGGCUGAGAGAAUGAGAAAUUAGUUUACUAUAUAGUAAGUGGACAAGAAAAAAAGACCCCAUCAUCUUACAAUUUUAGAAGAAAAACAAUCCUUAAGUUUCCAGGAUGGUUUUAUUAAAGUCCCAUGCUGUAUAAACAUACAAGUGAUGAGAAAAAACAUGAAACAUGCACUAUCUGGCAUUCUCUAAAAUACCAUCAUACAAGUUGUUGUUUACUUAGAAAAAUACCCACUAAAACAAUCACAGUUUUUCUUAAAGAUUUAAAAAAAAUGUAUUGGCCAGAACAAAGUCCAAGAGAAUAAACAAGAUUCUGAAUUGUAUGUCAAAAAAACUGUACAAGGUCGUACAUAAAACUAGGUUACAAAAGCCUUGGGUAUAGUAAGAAGACUGAAUUAAGGUUCCAAAGUUCUACUUACCAAUAUCUAUUAAUAAAAUCCUUAUGAAAUAAUUGACUUAGAAAAAGUGAAAUGCUCAUGAUUUCAGAGUAUAUAGAAAAUACUAAAUAUCACUUU